CUGACCUGCAGGAGGCGCGUAGUUGGGACGCCGGCCUUACAUCUAAACAGGUCGUGUUGGUGUAGUGUUCGAAUGUGUUGGCGAUAAACGUAUGCGGUGUUUGUCUUAAGGGAAGAGUAGCACUAUCAUAAACUCAGAACAGUUUACUCAAUAUGGCUGAGAAGAUAGAAGAUCUUAAUUUGCCGAAUGCAGUUGUAGCCAGAAUUGUUAAAGACUGUUUGCCUGGUGGUAUAAAUGUGUCUAAAGAAUCUAGAACUGCAAUUGCAAAAGCAGCUUCAGUGUUUGUACUGUACAUAACAUCAGCAGCAAACAUGAUAGCAAUGAAAAAUAACAAGAAAACGAUUAGUGGCAGUGAUGUUAUAAAUGCUAUGCAUGAUACAGAAUUCGUUGACUUCAUAGAACCUUUAGAAGAAGCUUUGGAAAAUUUCAAGAAAUUCCAGAAGGAAAAGAAAGAUGCAACCGCGAAACGUAAACAACUGAUAAUGAUGCUGAAAGAAAACGCCGAACAGGGUAGUACAGAAAAUGGUACAGAAAAGGAAGUGAUGGAAAUUGAUGAGGAGGAUGAUUGAAAUUAAAGUUGGUGACUUUGAAUUCGUUUUACACAUAUUGUAUAUAUGUUUUCUAUUGUAAUCAAACUUUUCCUAAUAAAAUAUAAUUUAUUACCCAUUUGUUAACAUUGUUUAUAUUUCCCGGAGAUCUUUUAAAAUAGGUUAUAAUUAGUUUUACUUUUCUAUACCCAUAUCUCUCUCUCUCUCUCUCUCUCUCUCUCUCUCUCUCUCUCCCUCUCUCUCUCUCUCUCUCUAAGUAGUCUAUAUCUACUGUUUUCCCUGAUAAAUGAAUAAUUUCAAAUCUUUUGUAAAGAGCUUGUUAGAACUGUUCUACUAGAACAGUGUCACCUACUGGUAUUAUACAGUGAUGAUAAAGUUUAGUCUGCCUUGGUUGCAAGUUAAUUUGUGUGUAUAAAAUUAUGCAAUUUCAAUGUAGCUUCUUUCUGCUGAUACUGUAGAAUGCACUGAAAAGUGUCAUUGUGAACAUAUUUAUGGUAUAUAACCUUCUGACUGGUAUUAGAAGGACCUAAACAUAAAAGAAAAGUUUUACCUGAAAUAGUGCACUUUGGUGUGAUGUAACUACCUUGUAAAUGUAUGUAAGAUUAGGCCUAAAUGAUUCUGUGAGACACUAUUGUAAAAGUAAGUUUUAUUGGUAACCAGAUGCAGUUUAUAUAAUUAUUUCACGAAUUUUUUAAGUCAGAAUGCUUCAUGUUCAGGCACAUCUUGUAUAUCUUCAGGUCAUAAAUAUUGUACAAAUGCCAAA